GCGGCUGCCGGGGGCCGGGACCGGCGGGGCCGGCACCCCCCGGGCGCGAUCACCCCCUGCCCGGGAUCAGCCUCUGCUCGGGAUCAGCCCCUGCUCGGGAUCGCCCCGUACCGCGGACUCCGCCCGGUGCCAGCCCGGCUGCGGCUGCGGUGUCACCGCCCGCAGCAGCGCGACAGCGGCCGCGGCCGGGCACGGCGACCUGCGCCGCAGAGUGCCCUGCCGAGAUGGCGAGUGCCAGUGGGGCGGAGCCUGAUGCUGAGAAUGCAGAGGAGGCUGAAGAGGCCAUCUACGAGGAGGUGCUGCCCUGUGACAGGAUGGAGCUGAGCCAACGGCUGGCCGUGGAGGAGCUCAUCACUACUGAGGCCAGCUACGUCCACAACAUCCAGCUCUGUGUGUCGGACAUCCGGGCACACCUCCAGAAGAAGCAGCUGCCUGAUCUGGACCUGGAAGGGCUCUUCUCUAACACCGAUGACAUCCUCCAUGUCUCCAGACGGUUUCUGAAGGGUCUUGAGGCCACGGCCACCCAGGGGCAGGAGCAGGAGCAGCUGCUCUGCAUCAGCACCCUGUUCCAUGAGUUCAAGGAAGAGAUGGAGACUGUCUACAAGAUCUACUGUGCCAGCUACGACCAUGCCCUCCAGCUGGUGGAGAGCUACCGCAAGGACCCCAGGCUGCAGGAGGAGAUCUUGGAGACUCUGAAUGCAACAGUGCCUCACACAGGCGCAUCAGACCUCAGCUUCUUCCUGGUGAUGCCGGUGCAGAGAGUCACCAAGUACCCACUGCUGCUGGAGAACAUCCUGAAGAACACCCCGGCCAGUUCCAGUGCCCACUCAGCCCUGCAGGCAGCUGCUCGUGCCAUGGCCCAGGUCAACGCCAACAUCAACGAGUACAAACGGCGCAGGGAAGUAGCAACCAAAUACAACAAGGCCGAGCACCUGACGCUGCGGGAUCGCCUGGCGCGCCUCAACACCCACUCCAUCGCCAAGAAAACCACGCGGCUGAGCCGGCUCCUCAUGCACGAGGCCGGCAUCGUGGCCAAGACAGAGGAUAAGGAGUACGAUGACCUGGAAGAGAAAUUCCAGUGUGUGGUGUCCAGUGUGGCCACCCUGAAGGAGAACGUAGCAUCCUACCUGGGCCAUUUAGAGGCAUUCCUAUUGCCCGCCCCACACCAGCGUGACCUGCAGAUGGAUGAAGGACCUGCCCAGCAGUAUCGGCACUUCGCAGAAUGCCUCCAGUACACUGUUUUCCCAGAGUUUAAGCGACGGCUGGACAGGCUGGUCUGCCAGCCCCUCAACAGCCUCUCAGACAUGCUGGUGGGGCCACAGCAGCUGGUCAAGAAGCGCCUGGACAAGCUGCUGGACUACGAGGAGAUCCAGGAGCGGAAGAGCGAGAUGGGCAGCGUGACGUAUGACGAGGAGGCAGCCAUGAACACCUUCCUCGCCAUCAAUGACCUGCUCGUGGCGGAGCUCCCGCAGUUCAACCAGGUGGCUGUGCAGCUCCUGAGGCAGAUCCUGUGCUCCUUCAGCACCCUGCAGCGGGACUUGGCUGCCCAGGUCCUGCAACAGGCAGAAAAGGAGCUGCAGCAGAUGCCCCACGGCCACAUGCCUCUGCCCAGUUUCUGGAAGGUGGUGGAAGACACCUUGCAGCAGUCAGGUGCUCAGCUCCAGGCCUUCUGCCAGACCUUUGAGACUGUCACGCCGAGCCCUGUGACACAGCCUCUGAACCCUGCUGAGGAGCGGAAGGUCCUUUCCCUUGUAAGCAAGCACGGCCCAGACAAACUUUACCAAGUGACAAGCAACAUCAGUGGCAGCAAAGACUUGGACCUGACCUUGCUGAGGGGACAGAUUGUCGCUCUGCUGCAAAGUGCCGACACGAAGGGGAACACGAGCAGAUGGCUGGUGGAUGCUGGAGGUCCCCGAGGGUUUGUGCCUGCUGCAAAACUCCAGCCGUAUUCCCCGGUACAAAGCCAGCAGCGCGGGAUGGAUUUGCUAACCCCAGAGAGUGACACAGAGAGAAGGAGACAUUCCUAUGCAUUACCUGAAGCUCCCAAGCCCCAGGUGGCCACCUUCACCCCGACAUUCCAGGUGGUCGCCGGCUUCUCCUUUGCAGCCAGGAGUCCACACGAGGUGAAUCUCCAGGCAGGGCAGCCCGUGGUGGUGCUGGAGCCGCACGACAAGAAGGGGAGCAAGGAGUGGAGCCUGGUGGAGGUGAACGGCCAGAGGGGUUACGUGCCCUCCAGCUACCUGGUGACUGUCCCCGUGCAGGAGCCCAUGGGCUGGAGCUUGCCCGUGUGAGCAUGGCCAGCCCACACCCAAGGGCACGGGCUUCAUCGGAUGGGAGCAGUCGGCUUGGCACCGGAGGACUCCUCACGGGAGAUGCUGGAGGGAGGCAGCCCCGGUCUGGGAAGGUGGUGGGAGGCACCUGGCAGAAUACAGCCCGGGGGACAGGGGCGCAAGGAUGGCGCUGGAGGAGUGGUGGUGGGAGGCGUGAGGGCGUCGUGUCCCGUGUGUGUGUGUUUGCACAACGCAAAGCAGCCCUGAGGGAGUGAGGGCAGGUGGCUGCAGCUAUCCAGGGUUUUGCUGAAUUCUUUGUCAGUGACAAAUGUGCCCCAGGGGAUGAUGAGGCAGCAUUGUCCUGGUUAGAUCAGGACUGAGUGGCAAAGGUGCAGCGCUGCAGAGGGGCCCUAAGCCAGGCAUGGGGCACCUGGGCACUGGGCACUGAGCACCUCGGCAUCUGGGCAUCUGCACAGCUGGGAACCUGGGCAACUGGGCACCUGGGCAACUGGACACGGGGGCACUCGGGCACUUGGGCACCGGGGCACUUGGGCACCUGAGUGCCUGCGGCAGCGCUGGCCUGGGCCGGCGGCCCCGCGCGGAGCGGCCACCAGAGGGAGCCCCGAACUAGCGCCCAGUGCCCGCUUGGCGCGUACUGGGAGCACUGGUGCGGGGGCCUUGGGGUGCGGGAGCACAGCCCGGUAUGGGACGGAGAUCCCGGCUCCCAAGGCUCCCUGAGCGCCCCAUCCCCCUACGACCCGGCAGUUGUCGGAGGUCCCGUGGAAAAGGUUUUUGGGAGAAUCAGUAAGUGCCGGUCGGUCCCUGACCUAAGGC